UCACGGAAGGGGCGGGCCCUCUCGCUACCGUAACGCCACUGAAGGGGGAGCGGUCUCUCUCUGCCGUGACGUCACGCGCUGCCGCCGGUCACGCCCCCGGCGGCGUCACGCGCGCGCGGCCCGUUCGGCGCGGGGCCCGGCGGUGACACCGGCACCGCCUCAUCCUCCUCAACCUCCUCACCCUCACCCUCACCGCCAUGGCGGGCGGCCCGCAGGAGAACACCCUGCUGCACCUCUUCGCCGGGGGGUGCGGAGGAACAGUUGGAGCCAUCUUCACAUGUCCCCUGGAGGUGAUAAAGACAAGGCUGCAAUCCUCCAAGCUGGCCUUCAGGACUGUGUACUACCCCCAGGUGCAGCUGGGGACCCUCAGUGGGGAAGGAGUGGUCAGGCCAACGUCUGUGUCCCCCGGGCUCUUCAGUGUUCUCAAGUCAAUUCUGGAAAAAGAAGGACCAAGGUCACUCUUCCGAGGGCUGGGUCCAAACUUGGUUGGAGUUGCACCAUCAAGGGCUGUUUAUUUUGCAUGCUACUCCAAAGCCAAAGAGCAGUUUAACAGCAUGUUUGUGCCCAACAGCAACAUUGUGCACGUCUGUUCUGCAGGUUCUGCAGCCUUUAUCACAAAUUCCCUGAUGAACCCUAUAUGGAUGGUGAAAACAAGAAUGCAACUGGAAAGGAAAGUGAGGGGCUCCAAACCAAUGAAUGCUUUGCAGUGUGCUAGAUAUGUUUACCAGACAGAAGGUAUCCGUGGUUUCUAUAGGGGCCUGACUGCCUCCUAUGCAGGGAUUUCUGAGACCAUUAUCUGCUUUGCUAUUUAUGAAAGUUUAAAGAAGUACUUAAAGGAAGUACAACUGCCCCCUUCUUCUAGCGGAACCGAGAGAACCUCCACAAGCUUCUUUGCACUGAUGGUUGCUGCUGCUGUUUCCAAGGGCUGUGCCUCCUGCAUUGCUUAUCCUCAUGAGGUGAUCCGGACACGGCUGCGGGAGGAGGGCACCAAGUACAAGACUUUCCUGCAGACAGCUCGGCUGGUGGCACGGGAAGAGGGGUACCUGGCCUUCUACAGAGGACUCUUUGCCCAGCUCAUCAGGCAGAUACCAAACACAGCCAUUGUCUUGUCCACCUACGAGUUGAUUGUCUAUCUCUUGGAGGACCACACCAAGUAGCAGAGCCAAGAUCCCUGUUACAGACUGAAGACCAAUUUCUUCAUUGAACAAAAAGUCUUUUAAGAGACUGUUGUAGGUGGCAGUGCUGGUGGAAACACUACAAGUCUGUGACCAUCUGUGGAUAUUUCCUUUUGGACUCAUGUUUUCAAAAAAGGUCUCAAGUUAUUAAUGUUAAUAGUUAAUUAUAAUUUUUUUAAACUUGAUAAUUAAAUGCUACUAAAUUAAAUUACAGUAUUUAAUUUAAUUAUAUGUUUGUCCUUUUCCUUAAGCACAGCCAUAUGUGGUCAAGGAAUGUACCUCAUACUAUCAAGUGAUCUCUUGGACUGAUGUUCAUUAAAGCUGUAUUAAAACAGGAGAACUGGCUUGGA